CACCGCAGCAGCAGCAGAAACAACAACAACAACAGCAGAAGCCGCCGACGGAGACGGUAGCGAUGGCUGAAAGUGAUGGAGGCGAUUAUUUUAAGAGAACCAGCCUCUUCUGGAUGGUCACUGUGACACUCGCAGUGAUAUAUUUUGCUUGCACCGUGUUUGUGCCAGACGUAGUCCCAUUUGAGUUCCUUGGUCCGUUUGGCAGCUUCUCCAAGAACAUUGUGUACAACUAUCCUGACAUGCUGUACAAAGGGUGGUGGGCAACCUGGGCAAUUCAUCUCUCUGAAGCCUUGAUCGCACUCAAAGUGUGCAGUAACAAAGGCAUCAACAACACGUCCACUCGCUGCCUGUGGUUCAUCCAGACCUUUCUGUUCGGCUUCGCCUCCCUCGGCCUGCUAAUCAAGUACGACCCAGAACGUCGCAAGCAGCACUGACCUUACCGGGAGAAGCUUACAGAACAGCACCUCAAUCUAGUGUCCUCCUUGGGGGCUUCUCCUUCCUCCACUGUCCACUUCGAUAGGAAAUCCUCCUCGAGGACAUGAAAUGGAAGAAGAUUCUUGAGCCUUUUCUUCAAUAGUAUUUCUUGUAAUAUAAAUCUGACAUAUCUUUGAUAGAAACACUAUCAUAGUUUACACAAUAUCCUUAAUUCUGUAAUGGACCGACAUCCCUGUUUCAUUCCAUGUGUUUUCUAUAGAUGAGGGGGGAAUCUCUCUUAAUUUUCAGAAAUAAUAUAUUGCAGGUUUUUCUUGAUAACUAGGGUAGGGGUUAUUUAAACAAUGUUCUCUUGAGCACAUGUGAUGCUCUCCUGGUGCUUACAUUCAGCCUACACAGUGGCAGUACUAGUAUUUUUGUUUUCAGCUGCUAGGGUGAACACAAUGCCACAUGGUGUAGGUUUCCAUCUUCCUCAAAAGUCCUCCUGGAUAAAAAGAUGGCGAGCUGCUGUCAUGUUUGCCUUUCUCUCACUGAAGUGCUUUGAUAUCAAGUUUUAAUGUUAACACUAAGAAAUAAAGGAUGACUGAACUGAA